CGGGGAAAUGAAUAGAAUUUUGUACAAUUCAAUAUCGUGCGCGAUAACAAAAGGACAGCAGCAGUGGAAGCAGCGCCGGUGACUGACCUAGGCAGAUUGCUGUGUUGCCAGCGGGUAGAGACGGAACGGUGCGAAAAUAAUAUUCUCGGAAGCGUAGGAUGGCGCUACGAUCGAUCGAGUGGAAAAUAAAGGAUCGGCUCGUUAUAACGAUUCGCAGAAAAAUAGUUCCACUUCCAAGUUGAAUCGGAUCCGGGCGGAUGUGAAGGAUUAGCUUAUCCUUACCAUUACUGGGGUGAAAGUGCGUGUGGUUGCAAGAAGUCGAACAUAUGGACCCAACAACAAAAAGAAACUUCUCACUGUGUGCUUCCGUAAUACCGAGCCAAGAUGCGUAGCAGAACGGAAAUGGUGACCACAACCCUGGAGGGUUCCGAUUUUGACGAGGAGACGGAUUUCGAAGACUCCGAGGAAGACUGGCGACCGGAAAAGGGUGAUCCGAAAGCGAUGAAGCGCAAAACGCGCGACAUACUGACCGGCAUGGUCAGUGGAAAGCGUGGCGGUCGCAGUAAUAGUAGCAAGCGGGGCCGCAAACCCGCCGCCAAGGGCCGUGGCGCUGGAAGAAAACGCAACUCCGAAGACUACGAUGAUGACGACGACGACGAUGACGAUGAUGACGAUGACGAUGAUGAUGAUAGUCGGUUCGAUAGUGAGGGUAGUGGCAGCUCCACUCCACCGGUACCGAAACGGGGUCGAAAGUCCGGCGCCACACCGCAGCGUGUGUACGGGCGCAAAGGCAAAAGCAGCAGCAAGACAUCACCGUCCACAUCGAAGGGGGGCUCGAUGGGACGGAUGAAGCAGAGUCCCAGCUCGGAGCAGUCGGUAAGACCGAUCCAGCGCAAGGUCGUCAAUACGGCGAGCAGUUUUCCGGACAAGAGCGGCUACCUGAAGCUGUUCGUUAGCCGGGCGGACCUGGAGGAAGGCAUACGGGACAAUCUGAAGGUGUGUCUGUGGCGUCGGGACGGUUCCAGCUUGCUGCAGAAAUACUUUCGAGAUAAAUCGGUCGACGCAAACACGCCACAGUUCACCUCCUCGAUGGUGUAUUCCUGCUGGGAGGAUAAACGGGCCGAUGAGUAUAUGGAGGUGAAGGUGCGCUGCAUCGAACAGACGAAACAGUUGCGCGUACAGAUCAUCGAUGUGGAAGCGACCGAGAUCAGGGCGAAGGAAGAGUACCAGAAGUACAUGGAGCAGUAUGGCAAGUCGAGCGAUUCGAGCCAGGGCAGUGAUCGAUCGAACGGCGGUAGGAAUCGUUCGCGAUCGGAUGCCGGCGGCAAGAAGACCAAUCGCAGCACGGGAGAGGAUACGGAUGAGCGUGACGAGGCGAACGACCAGGAGGAGGAAGAGUACGACGAAGCGGACGAGGAAGAAGAAGGAAGUGAAAUUCCUUCGCAGGAAGAAUGAGAUUCGGCUGGUGGGGGAGGGGAUUCGGCAUAAGAAGUAGGGGAAUACCCGGGUGCUAAUAACAGCCGCCUUCCCCACCAGAAAAGGACACGUGUGACACACAGCAUAUACUAAUUUAUAUUAUUUCGUACGUGAUUUCCUCGUACGCUGCUGCAGCUCCGUCUCUGACGACUGAGGCAUGAGAUUUGAGACGAAUUGUAUCUUCUUCCUUCGGCACGAAUGUUCUCGGCAGCCAGGCAGAAGGAAAGAGGGCCGAAUUCGACCGAACAUACAAUCCUGUUAGCAUGUAAUUGUAUUAAGAAAAAAAAAAGUGUCAACACGUAUUCUAUUGAAAAAAAAACGAACAAUACUUGCACACACUUACACGCUAGCAAAGUAAGAUAGUAAGGCGACGGAUACUCGUGUAAAUCUUCACACAUUUUAAAUGUUAAUGUUUAUGGAUGCCCCCGCGGCAGUGUACCACGUGCGUACUGUAGUAGUAAUAGUAGGUACACACUUGACUGAACUUCUUGAGCAUGAACUUUCGUAAUUUAGUACUUUAUAGUAGUUCCCUUCCCGACAACAUCAUGACACGCGCGUUUGCAGGCAGGCUUUGCAAUGGCGACAGCCAAUUUAAGGGUUAAGGGCCGCCGGAUGUUUGCCAAAACGAAAGAUCGAUUUAAUGAAGAAAAAACACACACAUUGAAUAAUCAUCUGCACUUAGGCACUGGAUAAGGACGGAAACGGAAAUGAGGGAGCGACUGAAGACGAACUCGUAGUGCAAUGUAUCUCGUCCCCUCCACUCUCUGUCACUCGCACGAUUAAUGAAAUUAUUAAAAAUAAACGCGAUUCAUUGUUUUAAAUGGAAUUAUCAGUGGAAAAUGACGGAAA